AUGGACAAUAGUUUCAAUGAUACUAUCAUUGAAUUAAUUGAUUGUAUAUUAGAUUUAUGUGAAAAAGAGAGAAUACCUCAAGCAACAAAGAAACUUAGAGAGUUGGAUCAACUUAUUCACAAUACAUUGGAAUCGUAUAGAGCCAACAAUCAACAAAAUCUUUUGGAAUCAUUAGAAUCGUUUUUAAAAGAGAAAUAUCAUUGCUAUUCUAGAAUUAAGCGAUUAAGAUCGGAAUCAAAAGAAAUAGAUGAUCUAUUAGAUAUUUUAUCACCUGAUUAUAAAAAUGCUGGAUGGAAUGAAAUAAGUAAUAAAGAUGGAAUAUUUACAUUGUAUAAAGAUAAUGGUGGUGGAAUGCAUAGCAUUAGAAUGGAAGGAAUAGUAGAAUCACCGAUAUUCGAUCUAUGCAGUGUAAUAUUAGAGAUUGAUCUAUAUCCAACUUGGAUACCAAGACUAUUGGAAUCCACACAACUAGCAGAAGACAAACGCUAUCGGAAAGCAAUCUAUUGCAAAGUGAGUUGUCCAUGGCCUGUUGAGAAUCGUGAUGUUUGUUUAUAUGGAUAUGGUGUAGAUAUGUUGGAUGAAUGCGAUAAGGUUGUAGUUGUUUCACGAUCGUUUAGAGACGAGGAUUUCGAAGGUGUAGCACUACCGGAUGUACCAAAGAAGGUGAUUCGUGUCGAUACGAGAAUAAGUGGAUUCGUUCUCAAACCGAUAUCACCGACACAGACAUUCGUACAGGUGAUCUCACUCACCGAUCCAAAGAUGAGUUACAUACCCUAUUGGCUAUUGAAUUUCGUCACCACUCAAUUCGCACACUAUCUCUUUGUAAUGCUAAGAAAACAAGCCAACACUGUAUUGUCAUCAGAAGAAUAUCAACGUAGAAUCAACAAAAACCCGCUAUAUCUUGAAUUAAAAGAGAAAUCUGAUAAAUAUUUUAAUAGAAUCAACAAUAAUAAUAAUAAUAAUAGCAAUACAGAUAAACAACAACAACAACAAUAA